GUCUCGCCAAGUAAAUCCACUAAAAGUGCGAGAGUGCCUGAGGCCCUUUGAAGCAAUGGUGUGCUUCUUGCGUCACGGACUACCGAGGAAUUUUUUUGCUCUCUCCAUUACACAAUCUUUCAAGGAUCUGUUCCUCGUUUAGCUCUUUUUAUCUGCCGUUUCAUUCGUUCAAAGUUCCUCGUGCCUCUUUCCUAACAGAUACUCGUUCAGUAAAUCCUAAUCGUCAUUCUAGAACGAAGAGGCCGCCGUCGUUAACGCCGUAGAAGAUAAUCUGUUGGUGUUAAAUAAAAACAAAACCAAAGUACAUUAAUGAUAGAAAGGGAAAGGGGAACACGGGUGCGGCCUGCCAGACGCACGAGACUUUUCCACCAUUGCCUAAUGUAAUUCCGCAGAGGAAGUGCGAUGACUAAAUCCUUAUUGGUAUUUCUACACGAGCUUGUGUUUUUUGCAUCGUCUCGUAUUUCGACCAAGAUGGCAAAGUGUAACAGGUUGGCAGUGUUGUGAGGAGAUGCCCCGACGUUUUCGCCAUGAACAACCCAUCAUCCCCUACACCCCCUCCAUCUCCUGAAUCACUCCCAUCAUCCUCUGAUGAUUGCCAUGAUAUCCCAAGAGAAAAUAUAUCUGACUUCUCUGAAGUCUCUCCUUCUGUGCCUGGGACUUCACCCUUCUCUUCAGCAAUGUCCUCUAUAUCAUCAUCAAUGGCUAAUGCUUCUAUGGAACCUACUUCCUCCACCAGUUCUUUUUCAGUUCCACUGAUGUCUUCGCAGGAUGGGUUGGGACCUGCUAAUGGUGAAGCAAUGGUUGAAGAGUCAAGUAAUCACAGUAUUGAUUGCUUUCCAGUGGCAUUUCCAGCUUCACUAGACCAGUGCCCAAGCUCUUCAAAAAGCAAGUUAGAUUCUGCAGCUACUUUCCAGUCUUCAUGCUCACCAAACCCUUUUUCCUCAGAAGUCUCAAGCUCUAACAUGGAUGUUGAUAUGCCACCUUUUUCAUCCAGUAACCAUGUCAAUUCUGUAGAUAAUGAAGCAGGAUGUGAGUGGCCAGCAGAUUCAUCUGAGGGUGCUGCAGUACCAUCUUUUUUUCAUGCUACUCAAGAUAUUCCUCCCAGUGCUGUGGGUGAAACCAUGGUGUCACGCUCAACAUGGCAGGUCAACUGUUCCAAAAACAAUACCAAAUCAGAAAGUUCUUCAUCCCACUGGACUUCAGAGGUGUAUCAUGGUAGUGCUGGAACUAAUGAUGUAAGUUCCACGGGCUCUCCUGAGUCCCACAAGCAUAACGAUAGAAGCAGCUGUAGAUCCAGGUGGUCCUCAGAGGAGUCAGACAUUCAUGUAGGAGAGCCUACUGCUUCAACGUCAUCCUGCCCACAGGAUCCAGUCAAUUCCUCCUUAGAUGUUGAAUCUUCAUCCACAUCUUGGUGUCAGGAAUCUUCUGAGGGUGCUGUUGGAUUAUCUUGGCAAUGUGAUUCACCUAAUUCAGCUGCUAUGGGUCCUAGCAUUUCACCAUCAUCUUCUUCCACUGCUAUUGGUGCCAGCUUGUCUCUGUCUCCAUGGCCACCACCUUUAUCUUCAAAUGGACAUUCUGGAGCAUCAGCAGGUAUAUCAUCUUCUACACAGCAUUAUCCUAAUAAUCCAAAUAUUAACUCUACCUCUGUUCCUCAUGGGGACAUACCUCCCCAGGUGCUGUCUUGGCGGACUCGUGCCUCAUCAAGUCCCAUAAGUUUAACUCGUGUGGCACCCACUGCUCCACCACCUAGACCACCAACACCUCCGUGCCCAGCAACACCUUCCAGUCGUCAUAGAGCAGCUCACAACCAAUAUCCCCCAUCGCCAAGGCGCUCUGUAUCUCCACAAGAUCGGCUCCACUCUCCUUCAACAGUAAGACGCUCUGUAUCUCCCCCCUUACGCCACCAUUCCAGAUCUACGCCACCAACACCAAGCCGAAGAUCUGUUUCACCGCCACUGCGCAGUCGAGGUCUUACACAGAGACUGGCAUCCCCAAGGAGAUCGGUAUCACCAAUAUCUUUAAACCAGCCACUGGCACAACCACCAUCUCCCUCAGGGAGGCACAGAUUAAGUCCAAGGCCAAGGUCCGCAAGAACUCCUAGUCCUCGCCCACCAAGACCACCAAAUUCUACUCCAGAGCCGAGCCCCAGUCCUUCCCAGCAUUCGCCCCGCCCGCACCAUGCGAAAAUGAGAGGGAGGUAACGCCUGCUGCAAGAUGUCCAUCCUCCUCCUCCUCCUCCUCCUCCUCCUCCUCCUCCUCCCACAGGGACAAGUUGUGAUGAUUCCUCUCUGUAUUUCCAAAUAAUGUGUCACCCCUUGUUGGGGCUCACCUAGCCUAGUUCCUGAAAUAGCCCUUUCGAUGUAUUUGUAAUGUAAUCACGAGGCAGUGGUAAAAAAGCUUGUCAUAAAAUGAGUGAAUUUUAUUUUUGUUGUAUGUAUAUUUUUCUACUUUUAUUGAAACUGGCAUCUCCAGCCCGGUGACAACGUACGUAGUAGUCGGUGUUUAGCAAGUCCAGUGAGUUCACCCAAAAAUGUGAUGGUAAUUAAAAAGAUUCCUUGCUCAGUUUUUCAGUAAUAGAAAACUGCAAGUGACCCGAAGAGCAAACAGAAUGAUUAAAUACACUUGUGGUAUAGUUUAAAAUGGAAAGUAUUCUCUGUCAAUUAUAAAUCAUAGUAUAUUCAACCCUGUUAUAAUAUUGUUUCAUAUUGAAUUGAGAUGCUUGUGAGUUAUUAAAUUUUGAUUCAAAGAAACUUUAAUGUAAUUUGAAGUAAUACAAAAUAUGUAUAUGUCGCAAUUUCUCAAAACAUGCUAUAGUAAUUUUUUUUACAUAUUUUGUCAACAGAUGUGAUUUUGACUUCUUUCUUUAACAUAUGUUUUGGUUUUGGUAAGAUUGGAUAUGUGGUUCUUGUAAGCCCUUUUUAAUGAGUUAUUUUAGUGUCUUUGGCAUAUUUGACCUGUUCAUUAAUCUUGAAAUUCCCCACUUCCUUUUAUCCUUUUUUUCAAUUUACAUUUUCAAUGAUAAAUCAUUUUAAUUGCCAUCAUGAAAUAUGUAAUUUUAUAGGUAAUGUUGCUCAGAUUUGUAAUUACGAUAUUUCCUUCACCUUUAAUGAUAAGAUGGAUGCCAGAUUUGAUCUUGAUAGUACUGACGGACUGAAUGUACUUAAAAAAAAAAGAAAGUUUCAUCCUAAGUUAGACGAUAGUUUCCCUCUGCCAGCUUGCAUUUAUUUUCUGUCAACUGCAUUUCAUACUUUGGGAUUGAUUCUUGUCAUAAAUGUCGUCUGUUCAGCGAUUCUGAGUCUCUCCAGUCACAGUGAACUUAGAAAGGUUAAUUAAUAUAUUUUCCCUCCCUCCCCCUUCUUUCAGAAAGAAUUUUAUUUUUCUUGUGAUGUAGCUAUAGUGGUGUUUGGCUUUUACACUUGUAUAUUUUUUUGUCUGUGUGAUAUAUAUAAAGUAUAUAAGAAGGCAGUCUUAUAUAUAUAUUAUUCAGUAUUAAAGUUUAAAAGUAAUAUA